GAGAGGGAGAUUCACUCGACCUGUCCGGGUCUUUCAUGUCACAUUUCUGCCCUCGCGAUCUGACCUCUGGAACUCUGUCUGGAAAAUAACCUGGAAAAACUAAAAUGGAAUAGUGGAAAACUGCCCUCUGGAAAAGAGUCGGAGCAACGCACCUCCUCUUCCUCCUCCUCCUCUUCUUCCUCCUCUUCCCUCCGCGUCCUGCUGCUGCAUCAGACUGGAGAACUGAAGAGAAGAAUGAAAGACGUUUUUAAUUUGCUCCUGCAGAACUCAGGGAGGGGCGCUGGAGCUUGUGUGCCCAAGUGAAGGCUUUAUGUGGAUUUAUGCAUCUGAUUGUACAGUUUGAACUGUUUUAGUUUCUGUGUAAGAGGAAAGAGCAAAUAGUGAAGGGAGAGGGGAGGAGAGCGAUGAGCAGUGAGAUGAGAUGACUACAAAGGACAGGAGUAAAGAGGAGAGUUGAAGAAGAGAAAGCAGAAGACUGGAAUCUGGAUCCUGUUAUUAUUAAACUGAGGAGAGAUGAGGCACUGAUCUAUCUUCUCCAGGAACUUAUACCGAUCUCAUCUCUGCCACAGCAUGAGCACUCCAACCCCCGGAAGCCCAAACAUGGAGGUGAAGAUGCCUUCCCAGGAGAUGGCGAUGCUGAGCAACCUUUUGGCUGCUUACACUUUCAUUGCAGACCAACCUGAGAGAACAGCUCUUGUGUUCCUCGGCGGUGUGUGUGUUGGUCUCCUGGUCACGCUGUGCGCCAUCGUCUUCCAGAUACACUGCCGAGCGGACUGCCACUAUGGCAACAGCAACGACCUUCAGAAUCGCCAAAGGGUCAGACAUCACCGUCGCCAGCGCCUCUGUGCCCGCCCUCAGCUCACAGACGGCAACCCAGACAACGCCGGUGCUGUGGUUGUGGCCUCUGGAGUGACUGGGAACACUGGGGACUGUGAGCCAGAGGACUGGGAUGACACGUCUGACCUGUCAGCACGGCGACGCAGGCGCUUCGAGAGAGCUCUGCUGAACGCCACCAUGUUCACAUCGUCUGAGGAGCUGGACCGGGCCCAGCGACUGGAGGAGCGGGAACGGGUUCUUCGAGAGAUCUGGAUGAAUGGACAACCAGACAUCAGCACAGUGACCCAAAGCCUCAACAGAUAUUACUGAUGGAAAACCAAAAAGACAGGCAGUCAGAUGGUUGACUGGUGCAGAAAAAUGAACAAAAGCAUGAAACUAUUUCCUCUGCCGCAGUGAGCCUCUGAACAAUGAGGUAACACUGGUUUGUUUGAGCUGAACUAAAAGAGAGGACAGAAAUGGAUUUUUCAAAGACUGUUUAGCAACAAAAUUGUCUGUAGCUGAUAUUUAAUGGACUCUGGGCUGCCAUUAAUUUUCUUCUGCACUUCUCAGUAGAACAUGAAACGGAGCAGAAGGGAAUAACAAUCUAGCAUCCACAGCUUGAUUUUAUAAAAUAAUGUUGCACUUUUCUCAGCUGACCCUAUAUUGUUUGUGAACCUGCAAUAAUCAGUGUUGCAACUUGAUACUUUUAUAUUGAAGGCCGACUUCCUCUUCCGAGACAAUCAUGAAAACCAUGAAGACAUGGCGAUAUGAAUACUGGUGCUUUUACUACUGCAUUUCAAUUUCAUCUGGUUGCACACUGAAUGACAUCAGACACAUGAAGCACUGAGGAUUAUCAGAUCUGUUGCAUCACUUUAUGAGAGUCCUCAAUCUGAGCAAUUACUAAGAAUUAUUAACUUAAUUUUAAUAUUUUAUUAACUUUGUUUUGACGUACUGAUUAAACUGCUAAGGCAUUAAAGUGGUGUGGCUUUGCAGUUUUUUUUAAAAGCACAACAUGGACCUAUUAUGCAAAAUUCACAUUUUGCACAAUAUUGUACUUCCAUUUGUUUCUCUACUGCUUCUAACAACAGCACAAGCACUUAAAAAUGAAUGCAUAAAUUUAAUUUGUGUGGCUUAUAGGAUAUCAGUCAGCUGAAGCAGUUUCAGAGUAUGCAGAAAAAUCUUGUUUUUAGAAAAUAAAAUGAAAAUCUCUGAUGCAUUAUUAAUCGACCUUGAGUAAAAAGAAGAAAAAAAUG